AUGUCAGCAGUCACCGAAAAAGUUGUAGGUAUACAAAAUCAAGGAGAUGUACUACAGCACUUUACCAUGCAUCGGACAAAUUUGUGCAAUACUGCACUGGAUAAUCCAACACACAGAACAAAAGAACAGUUGAUUAGAUCAGCUCUCAAAUUCCUGGACACAGACACCGUGUGUUACAGAGUGGAGGAGCCACCUGGCUUAGUGGAGCUUCAGAAAAAUGAAUGGGAUCCUGUGGUCGAAUGGAUAGAAAACAGGUACAAUGUUGUGAUUGGCUCUUCCACAAAUAUCUUGGGACCAAAUAUUCCAAAGGAGACAAAGAAGACCUUCGAACAGCAUCUUUCCUCAUACAAUUCUUGGGCACUAAUUGGUCUGGAGUAUGUCAUCCAUCAGCUUAAAUCUAUAGUUCUUUCACUAAAUUUAUUUGACCGAAACCUUGGUGCAGAAAAUGCUGUGCUGCUCUCUCGACUGGAAGAACAGUAUCAGAUUGAGUUUUGGGGAAAUAUUAAAGGGGCACAGGCAUUUACAUAUACAUCACAUCUCCCCCUAUUAUGAUUUAUUCUGCCCCAC